AUGAAGAAAAAAUCAUCUUUGUUAAAGGAGCAGCCUUCUGGAUCUGUUCCUGACUGCCUUUUGUGGGAGUUGGUGAGAAACAAUCAUGCUCAUUUGAAGAAGACUACUACAAUGAAUUUUUCAUUGGAAUCUCACAAUGUAGUUUCACUACAUUCUCCUAAAUAUACUGGUUAUGCUCACAAGCCACUGGUCGAUGUUAACUUGAACACUAACGGAUCACUCGUUCAUUAUAAGACUAGGAAUCUUGCAAAUACAAGGCGUCCAUCCACUAAGAGUUUCCAGAAAACAUUGCCAAAGUCGUCAUUGUUUCUUAACUACUUGAGGAAAUCUCUAAGGAAGCACAGACCUGAUUUACUCAACCCUGUUCUAAAGAAGUUUACAUUGCUUUCAAGAUACAGUACUGACGAGAAACAGGAAUCAUAA